AAAGUUCGCGUUGCGUAAGCGAGGAGGGGUUAAUUGCCGCUGCAACAGGUUUUCGCGAUUCUGUAAAGUCCCAUGACUCGACGGAUCAGCGCUUCUUUUCAUUCACUAAGUGCAUGUCCAGGGUCACCUUUGGUCGGAUUUCGUAUAAAAACCGUCGUCAGAGGUGAUAAAUUGCGAAAAGUGUCGAUUAUGCGUUUAGCCUUGAAGCAUCGCGCUAACGUGAUUGAGUGACGUCCAUUGGUUGUAAGUGACUUAAGUCGUGUGGCAGAGUAAUCUUUUAAAAAGCGACGUUUUGAAGAUCCCCGACCCUAGAUAAAACAAUCGAAAUAUCGGUCAUUCGUGGAACGAUCGUCGCUAUGUCUAGUUCGCAAAAACCGCAAAAACAAUGAAGAAGGAACUCUACAAUCAAAACAAGAAAGACUUAACCAAUCAGAACGGCGUUGUGGAGAAUGGAUCCAUGGCGGCAGGUUUAACGGUACGCAGGCCGGUAUACCAAAUUGAAGAUUUAUACAAGGAGACGGAUUAUGAGCAACCACACGCGACAUUUAAGGAGAGCUGCCAGAAGAAGCUUAAGAAGUUUAGGUGUUUGAAGUGCUUGUAUCAGACGGUUCCGUUGCUAAAAUGGCUACCAAGGUACAAGAAGAAGAACUUGUUUGGGGACAUCGUCAGCGGAAUUACGGUGGCUAUUAUGCACAUACCACAGGGUAUGGCCUAUGGCCUCCUCGGCAACGUCCCCCCCAUCGUCGGCAUCUACAUGGCCUUCUUCCCCGUCAUGGUCUACUUCAUCUUCGGCACCUCCCGCCACGUCUCCAUGGGUACCUUCGCCGUCGUGUGUCUCAUGACGGGCGCCGUUGUCGCCGACCACAGCACCAUCGAGAUCCUCCAGAACGGCACCCAAGUAUCCUACGAGGCGGCCCACCCCGACGCGCCCCGCCUCACCAACAUCCAAGUCGCCACAACCGUCACCUUCGUCGUCGCCAUGAUCCAGCUCGUCAUGUACGCCCUGCGCCUGGGGGUGGUCUCGACGCUGCUCUCGGACGUCCUCGUCAACGGCUUCACGUGCGCGUCGGCCUUCCACGUCGCCUCGUCGCAGCUGAAGGACCUCUUCGGGCUGCCCACGAAGAAGCGGCGGGGGAAUUUCGGGUUCGUCCUGACCGUGUACGACUCGAUUGUGGCGCUGCCGGAUGGUAACAAGUACGUGUGGAUGGUGUCGGCGGUGGCGGUGAUUGUCAUGGUGCUGAACAACGAGCUGUUCAAGCCGUACUUGGCGAAGAAGACGCAGAUUCCGUUCCCGAUUGAGCUGGUGGCGGUGGUUCUGGGGACGACUGCCAGCUACUUUCUUAGUUUCAACGAGAAGUUUGAUAUUUCGGUGGUGGGGGUUAUACCGACGGGGUUACCGGGGAUCACUCCGCCUGUGUUUUCGCUCAUUCCGGAGAUUGCGGUGGAUGCUUUUAUUAUAACGAUGGUCUCGUACACUAUCACGAUGUCCAUGGCGCUGAUUUUUGCGAGGAAGUUGUCGUAUGAGGUUGACUCGAAUCAGGAGCUGCUAGCGUUGGGUUUAAGCAACACCGUGGGCUCGUGGCUCAGCGCUAUGCCCAUCACGGCCUCCCUUUCCAGAUCCAUGAUCCAACAAACCGUAGGCGGGAUCACCCAACUCGCAUCCGUGGUAUCUUGCGUCCUCCUACUAUUCGUCCUACUUUGGAUAGGCCCAUGUUUUGAAAACCUACCACGGUGUGUCCUAGCCAGUAUCAUCGUGGUAGCCCUCAAAAGCAUGCUCUUCCAGUGUAAGGCGCUGGUCAUCUACUGGAAACUAAGCAAAUGGGACGCGUUGGUGUGGAUAGUAACUUUCAGUGCAACUUUAUUUAUUCAAAUUAGUUUCGGUCUGGCCAUUGGAGUCGCCGUUUCACUACUUAGCGUGUUUAUGCAGGGGUACAAACCCUACACUUGCCUUCUGGGAGUAGUCCCAAACACUGAUCUCUAUUUGGACAUCGAGCGACACAAGAGAGCGCAAGAAAUGCAAGGAAUCAAAAUAUUUAGAUACUCUGGAGGGUUAAGCUUCGCUACGAGAAGCACGUUCAAGGCGAGUUUGAUCAAGAAACUCGGGUUUUCGCCAUCCAGUGUGCUGAGAAAGAGGCUCGCGGAAGAGGAAUCAGGGAGUAGGGAUGUCAGCCAGGACUUUGAGUUAUUGUUGCGGUGCGUAAUUCUGGACUUCUCGGCCGUGACGUUCGUGGACCCCUCGGCCGUCGACGUGCUGCGCCAACUCCAGAGCGACCUGGCCAAACUCGACGUGGUCGUGUACUUCGCCGCGUGUUCGGGCCCGGUCUUCGAGAAGUUCCUCGUCUGUGAUCGAUACCAGAAGAAAGAGAGCCAGUUUAACAUUUUCCCGACCAUCCACGACGCGGUGUUGUUCGCUCAAAGUCACGUGUUAAGGACUAAACUGGUUUAAGCAAUAAGUAUUACGAAGAGUUAUUUUUGUUAUGAAUUUUUUAGUACUUGUUUAGUCGAAAUUUUUCAACGGUUACCAGCUGUUAUUUAUUCAUUUUAAAUAAAGAAAAGAUAGACAA